AUGGAAGACGGAGAACCUUCGAAUACAGGCAUGGAAGAUGGGGAAUCGUCAAACAACAUUUCGGAAAAACUACCAAAAAGGGUCCUCGGCGAUGGUUGCUACCCCGUUGGUGCUCGGUUGAACAUAUAUUCAAAAGCCAAUGUCAUUGGCCUCCUUGUGGAGGCGUUAAAGGGUACUGAAGAUCUUGAGAAGCUACUUCAUUCCCAGUUUGGGAAGUUAUUCCAUCUACCUGUUGCAAGAUGUUGCAACAGCGCCAAACUAGUCCAUGCCCUUCUAUCACGACAACUUGUGACCACGAAGAAACACGAAAUUUGGUUCCUCUUUGGUGGACAGCCUCUGAGAUAUUCGAUACGAGAGUUUAAGGAAAUCACUGGAUUGAAUUGCAAUCCCGAACCUGAUAGCACAGAAGAAGAAGAAGAUGUCGGAAAGGCAGGAACCUGGAAAGACCUGUUCGAAAGAGCGAAGGCUAUGAACGUGUUUGAUGUGCUUGAAAUGCUAAAGGACCCGGAUCUACCCCGAUGGAAACGCCUUCCAUUGGCCCUAAUCGUUCUUGUCGACAGUGUUCUAUUUUGCAAUAGUAAAAAUCUGGCCCUCACCGAGAAAUACGUUGCGAUGUUGACUGACUUGGAAAGGUUCAUGUUGUAUCCAUGGGGGAGGGUAUCCUUUAACAAAACAGUAUCUCGAUUUCAAGCUCCGAAGGCAAUCACGGAUGCCGAGAAAAGGGAGAAUCCUGUAACACGAUUGCGCCGUCAACUUAAUCAGAAAACCAGUGCAUGCUAUGGAUUCUCUCUAUCACUACAACUCAUGGCCCUCCAAUAUAUACCAAUGUUGGUUUCCAAAAUUCCUCAACCUGAUAACUUGAAGACAUUCGCUGAAGAUCCCGAAGGCUGUCAAAACGUUAUCACACUAUUGCAUCUUGGGGACAUACUUGCCGUGGAAUCCGACCCUUUGUUGUCUGUCAAACAGAUGGUAGUGGAUGAUGGUGACAAUGACUAA